AUGUUACGAACGGUCCUACUCCUCCUAGUAUCGCUGCUGCCUCCAGCGCUCUCCACACCGCUCCUACAGCUGCGCAAAGUAAUUGCCGAGUUCGACGAGGCGACCAACACGGCAUGCAUGCGGCCAGCGCCAUGGAACCAAAUCCUUAGCUUCUUCCUCACGAACUACAUCGCGCGCAUCGUCACGUACAAAAAGACGUCGGGCUACCGCGGCACCCGCGACUACCUCUACGUUUUCGCCUCGCUCUUCGUCCCGUUCAUCGGGAUCAGUGGUGCGGCGGCCACGAUCGCACGCGGGAGCCGGUUUUUGGGUCAUAACGAUGUGGAUCGCGCGUUACUUGCCGACGCGCUGUGUGUAAUCGUGCGCGAGGAGGGGUGGCGCCCCGCGCACGGCGAGAUUAUACAGGGGUGUGUUGUGGUGGAGGAAAGGAGAAGAAGCACCGGCGGGGGGAAAAGCGUCAGAGCAGACAUGAGGAAGGCAUGUUUUUCAACUUCAUCGGCUACACUGAUCAUUGGACCUCCGGGUGUCACAAAAAUCGAUCCUGAGAAGUACAAGAUCCAGGGUCAUUUUACACUCCCCCCAGAAUACACACUAGCAAAGUUACCGCCCGGCACUGAACUGAUGCCACUCGCCGUCUCCCGCGCUGUCAAAACCGACAUCGUAAUAUCCAACUCCUACAACGCAACUAAAGCCUUCACAGGCAUAGUCCAGAUCAUUUCCUCGCUCUAUGCGCUCUACUCUGCCUAUGGCGACCAAGUCACCCGCUAUGGCUAUGCCGCCUUCGGCUUCACUGUGGUCCCCUACACCGUAAUGUCCAUUCUUAACACGAUUGCAAACCUCGUGGAAGCCUCAUACGACUGUCUCUUCCUUGUGCGCUCCGACGUAAUGCUCGAAGCCGAGCACCGCGAAGGCGGCGAAUUCGUCGGUGAAGUCGCAGAACUAGUACCCGCGAGCAAAGAUAUGGAGAAUGACAUCGAGCUGACGGCGGCGGGCGUGGAAUUUGUCGACCUACGAUUCUUGCGCGGCAAGCGCGGCGGAUGGAAGGCGAUUGAGGUUGACGACGAUGGCCGCUCAGUGCCCGGACGUAAGGCGUGGAGCGUCUUCAUUCCGCCGCUCGAUGGAUCCUACAAUACACAGGAAGACCCGCGUGCAAAAAUCCUCGUGCAACCGGUGGGCCAGAGCUAUGUGUUCUCACGCUCAUCGCACAGACGCAGCAAGAAGUUCCGGCAGUGGGCUGUGGCAGUGAUAAUGGUGUUUUCGCUGGUCUUGCCAUAUGCUGUCGUCGGGGGGAUAUCGAAGUUCCGGCCGGGCCGCAGCAACAAUAGACAGAAGCUGUUCAUGGCGGGGUGGUUGGUCGUAGGCCAGGUCAUCGGCGCGUUGAAUCUGGUGGGACAGACGACUAAGGCCCGGAGGAAGCUAGCCUGGUGGGCGUGGUUAGAGACUAUCGUCAUGGGCUUUGUGGUGGUAGGUGGGUUUGCAUUUGCGAUUGGGGGCUUCGUCGAGGUCGGACGUAUGCUGAGGGAUUUUGGAUACUGUAUCAAACUGUCCGGGUGAAGGGACGAUUGGUUGGUGGAUGUGGUAUCUAUUUUACGUAUUCGCGAGGGGGACGGAUUGGAGGCUUGCGUUUGGCAUUUAGCGCUGUGUUUGUAGGCGGCCUUGCUUUGUCUUUUAUUUUCUUUGGAUCACGACGACAAUGAUACCCCGAUAGAUUUCAAUUUUCUUUCCCGGAUAUGUAUGAUACCUUUCUAGAAUAUUGAACCUUAGUAUUCAAGCGAC